GCCGGGCCACGACGGCGUCAAGAUGUUGCGGCCGCACGCACCCGCCAGCCGCCCCAAGGUGCCCGACAGCGCCGAGGCCGCCGCCGCCGCCGCCAUCUUCCCGCAGCCGGAAGCGGAAGCGACACGAGCCUUGUGCGCCGACGCACGGGGCCGACCUGGCGCGCGAGUGCGGCGGGGAGCGCGGGUCCGCCGGGCGCGCCGCUCCGCAGCUGCGAUGGCUUCGGCCGCGGUGGUGGAGACCUUCGUGGCCAAGCAGCUGUGCCUGCUGGAACUCGAGAGGGACGCGGAGGUGGAGGAGCGCAGGGCCUGGCAGGAGAACAUCUCUCUGAAGGAGCUGCAGAGCCGGGGCGUGUGUUUGCUGAAGCUGCAGAUGUCCAGCCAGCGCACAGGACUGUUCGGACGGCUGCUGGUCACCUUCGAGCCCAGGAGAUGUGGGUCUGUGGCCGUGCUUCCCAGUAACAGCUUCACUUCCGGUGAUAUUGUGGGUCUGUAUGACACCACUACUGAAGGCAAGCAGCUGGCCACCGGGAUCCUGACCCGUAUCACCCAGAAAUCCGUUUCGGUGGCCUUUGAUGAAUCCCAUGACUCCGAGUUGACCUUGGACCGGGAGAAUUUCUACAGACUGUUAAAGCUUGCUAAUGACGUCACUUACAAGCGCCUGAAGAGAGCCCUGGUCGCUUUGAAGAAGUACCAUUCGGGGCCCGCGUCCUCACUCAUUGACGUCCUCCUCGGUGGAUGUGCCCCCAGUCCUGCUCAGGAAAUAUCUCCACUGGCAUUCUACAACACCACCCUGGACCCUUCUCAGAAGGAAGCAGUUUCAUUUGCCCUGUCUCAGAAAGAACUCGCCAUCAUCCAUGGCCCUCCUGGCACCGGGAAAACCACAACCGUGGUGGAAGUCAUUCUUCAAGCUGUGAAGCAAGGCUUAAAGGUUCUGUGCUGCGCUCCCUCUAACAUCGCCGUGGACAAUCUGGUGGAGCGGCUGGCUUGGUGCAAGCGGCGGAUUCUGCGCCUCGGCCACCCUGCCCGCCUCCUGGAGACUAUUCAGCAGCAUUCCCUGGAUGCGGUUUUAGCUCGGAGUGACAAUGCCCAGAUUGUUGCCGACAUCAGAAAGGACAUCGACCAGGUCUUUGUGAAAAACAAAAAGACCCAGCAUAAGAAGGAUAAGAGUAACUUUCGCAGUGAGAUUAAGCUGUUGAGAAAAGAGCUGAAGGAGAGGGAAGAAGCAGCUAUGGUGGAAAGCCUCACCUCAGCCGACGUGGUCCUUGCGACAAACACGGGUGCUUCUCCUGACGGCCCUCUGAAGUUGCUACCUGAGAGCUACUUCGAUGUGGUAGUCAUUGACGAGUGUGGCCAGGCCCUGGAGGCCAGCUGCUGGAUCCCCCUGCUGAAGGCCAGGAAGUGCAUCCUGGCUGGAGACCACAAGCAACUGCCACCCACCACAGUCUCGCACAAGGCGGCGCAGGAGGGGCUAUCGCUCAGCCUGAUGGAACGCCUGGCUGAGGAGCAUGGCGACAGGGUGGUGCGGACACUGACCACGCAGUACCGCAUGCACCAGGCCAUCAUGCGCUGGGCCUCGGAGGCCAUGUACCACAGUCAGCUCACGGCCCACCCGUUGGUGGCCGGCCACCUCCUGAGGGAUCUGCCAGGCGUGGCUGCUACAGAGGAGACAGGCAUUCCCCUGCUGCUCGUGGACACCGCCGGCUGUGGGCUGUUUGAGCUGGAGCAGGACGAUGACCUGUCCAGGGGAAACCCAGGUGAAGUCAGCCUCGUCAGUCUGCACAUCCAGGCUCUGGUGGAUGCAGGUGUCCAGGCAGGGGACAUUGCUGUCAUCACGCCCUACAACCUCCAGGUGGAGCUGCUUAGACAGAGCCUGGAGCGCAAGCACCCUGAGCUGGAGAUUAAGUCCGUCGAUGGCUUCCAGGGCCGGGAGAAGGAGGCUGUGGUGCUGUCCUUCGUCAGGUCUAACAGGAAAGGUGAGGUUGGGUUCUUGGCCGAGGACCGGCGGAUCAAUGUAGCUGUCACCCGAGCGCGGCGGCACGUGGCAGUCAUCUGUGAUUCCCGCACUGUCAACAACCACCCAUUUUUGAAGACCCUGGUGGAUUAUUUCACCAAGCAUGGGGAAGUGCGCACGGCUUUUGAGUACCUUGAUGAUAUCGUCCCUGAAAACUACGUCCAUGAGGGUUCCCAGGGCCAUAGCCAGGCCGCGGCAAAGCCUCAAGGCCCCACUUCCUCAGCCAGGAAGCCACCUAGAAGUGGGCGGCAGGAGGGCAGCCACGAGGCAGGAGCAGCUGCAGGGCAGCAUCGGAGGAAGCCAGGCCCAAAGUCUUUGACCUCUGAAGUCCCUUCUCAACCCAGCUUCAAUGGGGACAGCCAGGGGGGCUCAGGAAGUUCAGAAGGUACAGUGCGCCUCAGGGCCGUGAUUGAGGAGUUUGUGGCCAGUGAGGAGAGGCAGUUAAAGUUUCCCAUGUCCUUGAGUUCUCACGACAGGCUGCGGGUCCACCAGAUAGCUGAGGAGUAUGGGCUGCGGCAUGACAGUGCUGGGGAGGGGAAGGCGAGGUUCAUCACUGUGAGCAAGAGGGACCACGUGGAGGUCAGCAGCAGCAGAGCUCCCCUCCCUCCUGUGCCCCCCAGCCCUGCGCAGCCAGAGCAGCCCCCCGAGAAGCAGUGUGACCAGGCCCCAGUAGACCUGAAGGUGCUGCACCUAGAGAGGCUGCAGAGGGAACAGCACACCCGGGAGCAGCCAGCCAAGAAGGGGCAGCCAGUCAUAGGCUCUGGGCAGCCGAAGUUUCCAGAAAAGAAAAAGAAAAAAGCAGCCAAGGGACGAAUUGCCAAGGAUCUGCCCUCUGAGGAGGACUUCGACGCUUUGGUGUCAGCUGCUGUUAAGGCUGACAACACCUGUGGCUUUGCCAAGUGUUCUGCCAGCGUUGUGACUUUGGGACAGCUCUGCCAGUUCUGUGGCCACCGCUACUGCCUCAGCCACCACCUGCCCGAGAUCCAUGGCUGUGGUGAGAAGGCUCAUGCCCACGCCCGACAGAGAAUCAGCCGGGAAGGGGUCCUGUAUGCCGGCAGCGGGACCAAGGACAGGUCCCUGGACCCUGCGAAGAGGGCCCAGCUCCAGAGGAGGCUGGAUAAGAAGCUGGGGGAGCUCAGCAGCCAGAGGACAAGCAAGAAGAAGGAGAAGGGGACGUGAUGUGGCCCUUUGGAGGGAGAGCCUGCAGCUGGUGCCCGGCCUAGGACACUGUCCUGCAGGCCAGGACAUGGAGCAUCCUCAGGGACAAGCUUUCCCAGCCUGGGGACCUUUGCCCAGUCUCCUCCUCUCCCGGGGGGGAUGGAAAUCUCACAUGUGGGUCUCAGGGAAGGUCCUGUUUUGGAGAUGCACCUGGAGUCGGCCUCUGGCACAGCAGUACGUUAGGGUGAAGACACCGAGAGAAAAAAGGAGGCCCGGGUGCCCUGAAUGCCCUGGAAGGCAGGUCUUGGAAGGGCUUUCUGUGCGUGUGUGCCAUCUGGCCAUCUGCAGCCACCUCCCUGCCUGGGUUCCUGGUGCUUGCGCUGAUACUUGCCCUGAAGGCUGUGGAUGCAGCCGAUCUCUGGUUAGAGGGGCUCCUGUAUGCACCCACCCCCGUGACUGGUUGGGGACCGGUGUAAGGGCAUUCUCUGGUGGUCCUCCCAGGAGAGAGCUGUCCAGAACAUCCAUGUCACCGACAGCCUACAGAUGCAAGGCUCUCCAAGCACUCUGCCAAAUAUUUAUAAGAACCUCAACAGAGGUAUUUUAGUCUCAGGCUCUUACUCAAAUGAACAUAAAUUAUUUUAAAAUGAAAUAAAAAUUCAUGCAUACAA